AUGUCGUCAACCACAGAGACGUACCAGCACGAGGAACUGGCCUUGGACGACUCGCAGAUGCGCGUAGAGAAGAUGGACUACCACUGUCUGACCAUCGAAGACGAGGCCAUGGAUGGUGUCGUGCCCGGGCGGCCGCAUCGCCAUGGUGGAGGUGGAACGCUGGUUGGCUACGAGCACGACGACAUGUCGGACCGCCUGACCCAAGUUCGGAAGAUGAUUGCGUCGCGUCUAUGCAUCCGCACACGCUCGCGCGAUGCCGGCUAG